CUGCGACCCACCUCACUCUUGUCAGAGGCAGAGCUGCAGGCAGUGACUUCAGCUCUGAGCUCAGGCCUCAUAAACGCUGGUUUUGUGGUUAAGGAUCAAGUUCUUCUCAACCGUAAGUCAACAAUUCCAGCUGUUGUCAUCCCUCAUCCCUGUUUGAACUCAUCCGCCACAAAUGUCAGCAUGGUGGUAACUGCCGCACAUUUGUUCCGUGACAGGGCAGAGAUGAAAAUCCUAGAAAUCAACCAGGAAUUGCGCCUCCGGCUGGCAGAGAGCCAACAGCAGUUCAAAGACCUCAAAGAGAAAUUUCUUAUAAGUCAAGCUACUGUCUACUCUCUGGCUAAACAACUUAAGAAAUACAAGUGUGAAGAGUACAAAGACAUCAUAGACUCUGUGCUGAGGGAUGAAGUGCAGUUCAUAGAGGAGAAGUUGGCAGAGAAGCUCAGGCAAGCUGAGGAGCUCAGGCAAUAUAAAGCCCUGGUUCACUCUCAGGCAAAAGAACUGACCCAGUUACGGGAGAAGUUAUGGGAAGGGAGAGAUGCCUUCUGCUCACUGAAUAAGCAUUUCAAGGCCCUCCUCACUCCUGAUGACCCUGACAAGUCCCAGGGUCAGGACCUCCGAGAGCAGCUGGCUGAGGGGUGCAGGCUGGUAGAGCGUCUUGUCAACAAGCUCAGUCCAGAAAAUGAUGAAGAUGAGGAUGAAGAUACUACAGAUGAGGAGACUGAGAACAUACAGGAAUCACCUGCUCCCAGGGAGGUGCAGAAGACUGAGGAAAAGGAAGCCCCUCAGGACUCACUGGAGGAAUGUGCUGCCACUUGUUCAAACAGUCACGGCACUUCUGACUCCAACCAGCCUCACAGGAGCGCCAAAGUCACAUUUAAGGGAGACAAAGUUGACUCUGUUCUGGUUGUAGACAGUGAAUGCUCUCAAGAUGAAGGGGAGGAAACUCCAAACAUUCUCCCAGGAAAUCAAUAUGAUCAUGAGGAAGAGGAAGGAAAAGUGCCAGUGCCCCUCAGGAAUGGACAAUCAGUUGAGCCAGGUGAACUGACCAAAUUCAGGGAUUUCCUGACCUCACCUGAUGUCUGCCUCUUUGGCAUUAUCACCAUGUUUACAAUGUUUAUCUUCUGUCUUCUUUCCUCCAGGCUGAGCAGGGAGCUGCCAGAGGUAAAGGAGCAGGAAGUCCCAGAGGACUCCUUGGAUGAAAUUUACUUGACUCCUUCAGUUCACCGUGACCUGUCUGACUGCCACCAGCCUUAUAACAGCACCUUGUCCUCACUGGAUGAUCUGCUCGCAUGCUCUGCUCUGGAUGUAGACUAUCCCACCCAGGAGGCCUGUCCCCAAGGGACUUGCAGUGGUGACUUGAGCUACUGCUUGUCAGAGGUGCAGGCUUCACAGACACAGCUGGAGCCAAACACCCUGAUGACCAAUUGUCUGCAACUACAGCUGGAUCAAGGGUUCGACUUCAGGAAUGGCUUAGCCGGGCAGGGCCUUUCCUCCACCGCCUGCAGCUUCACAGCCAAUGCUGAUUCUGGGACCCAAUGUCCCUUUCAAGAGCUGGAUUUAGAGCCCUCUGUUGGAAUGAAGAACCCUCUGCAUCUAGAAGGUGAUGCAGUUGAAGGCUCAGCAGACAACACUCAAGGACAUCAAGUCACUGGCCACAUUCAUGCCUCAAGUGUCCUGAAAACAAAGGCUAUUAAAAUAAAACUGUGGUUCAGCAAGUAG